GUUACACAACUGUUUCUUUCUUCAUUCUGCUCGCAUCACCUCGUCGGCGGUUUCCUCCAACACGUUUCACACUUUGCUUUUAACAGAUUAAUAAUUGAAAAUGAGUGGAGAUCAUUCCCACAACGAUAGCCAGAUAGACUCCAGCUCUCGGGUCAAUGCGGUCUGACUAGGAAACAUAGCUGAAGUGCAGAUGGCUGUGAUAUGGAGGGGAAACACGCAGGACCGUUUGUAUCAAGACACGAUUUCCAGCGGCGGAGGAAAUUCUCAUAAGCAUAAAGAUAAGUACAAGGAUAAAGAACACAAACACAAGGACCACAAGAAGGACAGGGAGCGUGAGAAAUCAAAAUAUGGCAACAGUGACCAUAAGGAGUUCUCGGAAAAGAAACACAGAGAAAAGGAGCGAAUAAAGCACGAAGAUGUCAGCACAGACAGACACAAGGACAAACACAAGGAAAAAGACCACAGGAAGGAUGAGAUCAAGCCGAAGAAGGAAAAAGAGAAUGGCUUUGCCAGCCCUCAUCGCAUUAAGACGGAGCCGGACAAUGAUCACUUCUACCAUUCUCCCAAGUCCCUGAAAAGACAGCGUGACAAUGACGAAACUGAAUUCAAGCCCAAAAAAAUAAAAAUUGAAAAUGACAGAGUGGACAAGAAAGCAAAGAAGAGGAAACAAGAUGAGGACAUCAAGCCCAAAAAGACACAAAAAAACAAGAAAGGGGAAGUUGCUGACGGGAAAAAGAAAGCAAAGAAGGAGCCUGAGGAGAAGUGGAAAUGGUGGGAAGAGGAGAGGGCAACUGACGGUUCCAAAUGGAGGUUUCUGGAACAUAAAGGCCCAGUCAUGGCAGCACCUUACGAACCUCUUCCCAGCAAAGUCAGAUUUUUCUAUGAUGGGAAGCAGAUGAAGCUCGGCCCAGAAGCUGAGGAGGUGGCCACCUUCUUUGCCAAAAUGCUGGACCAUGAGUACACUACCAAGGAUGCCUUCCGGAAAAACUUCUUCAAAGACUGGAGAAAGGAAAUGACCUCGGAGGAGAAGUCUAAGAUCACAGACCUGAAGAAGUGUAACUUCAAUGAAAUGGGGGAAUACUUCAAGGCUCAGUCUGAGGCCAGAAAGGCCAUGACUAAAGAUGAUAAACUGAAAAUCAAAGUGGAGAACGAACGCCUCCUACAGGAGUAUGGCUUCUGCAUCAUGGACAAUCACAAGGAGCGCAUUGCUAACUUUCGCAUUGAGCCCCCGGGCCUGUUCCGUGGCCGAGGAGACCACCCCAAGAUGGGCAUGCUGAAACGCCGCAUCCGCCCUGAGGACAUCAUCAUAAACUGCAGCAAGGACUCCAAGCACCCCAAGCCUCCCCCUGGUACCAAAUGGAAGGAGUUGCGUCAUGACAACAAGGUGACCUGGCUGGUGUCGUGGACAGAGAACAUCCAAGGCUCUAUCAAGUAUAUCAUGCUGAAUCCCAGCUCAAGAAUCAAGGGAGAGAAGGACUGGCAGAAGUAUGAGACAGCCCGAAAUCUGAAGAAGUGUGUGGACCGGUUAAGGAACCAGUACCGCGAGGACUGGAAGUCCAAAGAGAUGAGGAUCCGACAGAGAGCCGUGGCACUCUACUUCAUCGAUAAGCUGGCUCUGAGAGCAGGUAAUGAGAAGGAGGAAGGGGAGUCUGCGGACACAGUGGGCUGCUGCUCCCUCCGAGUGGAACACAUCAACCUGUACCCCGAGAAGGACGGCCAGGAGUUUGUGGUGGAGUUUGACUUCCUGGGUAAAGACUCCAUCCGCUACUACAACAAAGUCCCCGUGGAGAAGAGGGUAUUCAAGAACCUGCAGCUGUUCAUGGAAAACAAGCAGCCAGAGGAUGACCUCUUUGACCGGCUCAAUACCUCCAUUCUGAACAAGCACCUUCAGGAGCUGAUGGACGGGCUGACGGCCAAAGUGUUUCGUACCUACAACGCCUCCAUCACUCUGCAGCAGCAGCUGAAGGAGCUCACCAGCCCGGAUGAGAACCUUCCAGCCAAGAUCCUGUCAUACAACAGGGCCAACAGAGCUGUGGCCAUCCUGUGUAACCAUCAGAGGGCACCGCCCAAGACCUUUGAGAAGUCAAUGCAGAACCUCCAGACUAAAAUUGACGCAAAGAAGGACCAGCUAUCUGACGCAAAGAGGGAUGUGAAGAGCGCCAAGGCUGACCUCAAAGUACGGAGAGACGAGAAGUCCAAAAAAGCUGUGGAGACCAAGAAGAAGGCUGUGGAGAGGCUAGAAGAGCAGCUGAUGAAGCUAGAGGUGCAGGCGACGGACCGCGAGGAGAACAAGCAGAUUGCUCUGGGCACCUCCAAACUCAACUACUUGGAUCCACGCAUCUCUGUGGCCUGGUGCAAGAAGUGGGGUAUCCCUAUCGAGAAGAUCUACAACAAAACUCAGCGUGAAAAGUUUGCCUGGGCUAUCGACAUGGCAGAGGAUGACUAUGAAUUUUAAAUCCUGUUUGCGGUUUUAUAAUUGUGAUUUCUAUUGUAAUUUUAUUGGAUACUUGUUUUUAGCUUAACCGAUUAUACAGAAUGGCCAGCCUGACAAGGAAAUUAUAGAAUGAGUGUACACUCAACAAGCAUGGUGAGGUUGAAUGUCAGGGGUCAGGACGUAUAGGCCAUUACAGAUGAGCUGGAGGGAGGGGGGACGAGGUGGGUUAGUCUGAGGUCUGGUCGGAUGCCAGGUUCAAGGGCAGAACUAUACCCAUACCCAAAGGUGACGCGGUAAUCUCUGAUUGGAUGAGAACCAGUGGAUUGCCUUUUUUGCCUUUUGGCUCUCUUCCUCUUCAGCCACAUGCACGACUUAAAGGUGUCUGAACUUUGAACUCUGGGGUCCUAUUGCUACUGUAUUCAACAAAAAAUGACUGCUUUGUGUAUUAGAUUUUAUUAUUUUUUUGUUCACUUGGUCUGUAUUUUUAGCCCUCCCAUGUAUUAUUAAUGGAUUCUAUAUUUUAAUAGAGAACAGUUAAAUCAAAUGAAAUCCUGAAGUACACCCAUGCGCCUUUUUGAGGAAAUUAAAUGUGAUCUCUAGGUAUGAGUUGUAGGGGGGAUAAAGACCAUGAAAGCUGUGUUUUGGUGAGUGUGAUGUUUUAAACUGGACUAUGUUGAUUGUGUACCAUAAAGAGGAUGCAUUGACACGGAUAGGGGAAAAUGCUACACCCAUGUCAAUAUUUACAUAAGCAGGCAGGAUGUGAUUUAAUUUGUUUUACAGUAUCUAUCAGGGACUGAUUUUCAAUGUGAACCAAUCAUUUAAUUUUUCUCCCCUUGCCAGCAUCCUCUGGAUCUUUCUGCAUAGUCUAUCUGGUUUUAACUUUAUAAUUUCUAAUGAUUGUUUGAGUGGAAAACAACUCCCUUAUCUGUUACUUGAAAAAAAAAGAAGCUAUUUUAAAAUGUAGUAAUUGAAAAUAUUUUUCAAUUAGGGAUAUCAACUUUGCCAAAAAAAAAAACCAAUCUGUUACAGUUUAGGCAGUUAUUUUUUUAAUUGUGUUAAAGACGGAGGAUGAAGAACAUUAACAGGAGUUUCAAUGUGAAUUUUAUUCCACUCUAGUGUCAGAGGAAAGUUGGUGUUUAUAGCGGUAAGCUCAACUUCCUUUUCCUGUUUUUCAACCUCUUCUGUCAUAGCCUCCAAUCAUGUUCUUGUUUUAUGCUCAUUGUAGGUUGAAAAUGAAUAAAACCCCUCAACUCCA